AUGAAAUUCAUCAUUGCCAUUGAUGGGCCAGCUGCAAGUGGAAAAUCCUCAGCUGCUGAAAUUGUUGCAAAAGUUCUUGGAUUUCAAAGAAUCGACUCUGGGCUGCUGUACAGAGCUAUAACGUACCUUAUUUACCAGAAAUUUGGAAAUUUUCAAGCGCAUGAUUUGAACAGUGAAGAAGUACAGAUUUUUGUAAAUGCAUUGCAAAUUUCCCAAUCAAAUUCUAGGAUAUUUUAUGAUGGAAAGGAUAUUACGGAUUAUUUAAGGAAUCCUGAGAUAGACUUGAACGUUGGAAAGAUAGCAAAAGAGCUCUACAUUAGAGAAAAGACACAUGAAAUUCAAAGAUCUCUGAUGGAAUUAGACGUGCCAGGAAUAGUGAUUGACGGGCGUGACAUUGGAACUGUUGUAGUUCCCAAUGCAUUCCUGAAGGUGUUCAUAGCGGCAAAAGACACUACGCGUGCACAGAGACGAUCCAAGCAAACAGGCGAGAAUUACGAAGAUGUUCUAAAGAAGCUACAGGACAGGGAUCGGGAUGAUAUCAACAGAAAACACGGCCCUCUCAAAAAAGCCGAGGAUGCCAUAUUGAUUGAUAACGAUAAUAUUACUCUUGAAGAAACGGUAAAUCAAAUUAUUAAAUAUUUUAAGAACAGGAUGGAUGGCAAUGAAGAAGCAUCCAAGAAUCCAUAUUUCAACAAGACCGUAAAUCUGAUCUCAAAGUACUUUAGCGAGAGAAGUGUUGUUAUUUAG